CUCAUCUCACCCUCCUCGCAUGAAGCGCGCCCUCCAACAGCACCAAGACGAGUCCACGUACGAAAGGCGGCCGCACCUGGUCAUCUCCUUGGAGAGCCAACAGGUUGAGUUCACCCCGCGGACGACUGCAAAGCACCGGGACGAACUGGUGGCGCUACGGCAGCGCGUCCACGCGUUGGAAACGCUACUGGCUCAACAGCCCGACCAUGACCCAGUGUUGAAGCCGCCCCACGCAACGAAGCUGCUGCCCCCACUAGCUGCAGCAGACCUCACAAUGACCCUCUCCGCGAGCGCGUCACUGACGCAACUCCCACCACCGUCGCAAACCCAGCCAGCGUUUACGCUGCCCCGACAAGCGACCGCUCCGGGGCUUCUGCUCCAGCCUCUCGGUCCGACCUCAAACGGUCCAACCAAGGCAAUGGCGGAAUCGACCCACUGCGACCCGCGAAUGUCGACAAAAUUCAUAGCUGACCAAGACGGGUCCCUCGUUGUCGCCGUAUCAAAGCGCAGUCGUCUGUACGAGAUCAUUCAGCGUGUCUCCAACCGCGUUCGCAUCAACGACGAGCAGAUUCUUCGCCUGAAGAAGAUCGUCGACGCAGAGUUUGGCGACGUGAUUGCUGUGCUGGAAGGUGUCGACGUGGAACCGGACGCAAGCGUUGUCACGGAGAAGCUGCAUCACUUAAUUCAGACGGGAUCGCCGUCCAAGCAUUUCGCGCAGGGAUCGCCGCCCAAGUUUCACGCGCCCGACGUCCCGUAUCCCUUGAUCAAGAUAGCGCACGCGUUGUCCAUGUUGACGGCAAACCAAGAAGUGGUCGUGCUCGUGUCGAGUGGGGCGUACAACCCUGUCCACAUGCUCCACAUCCGGGCUUUCUACGUUGCGCGUCAGCACAUCGAGUCGAAUUAUUCCUUUCCUGUCGUCGGAGGCAUCAUUUCGCCGUGCCACGACACUUACGUUCGGACCAAAAACCGGCGCAAGCCGAGGGAAAUGAUCCCAAAAGCCCAUCGACUGGCCAUGCUGGAGGCAGCGACAGCGUCGUCGACUUGGAUUGAGGUGGACAAGUGGGAGAUCACACGACGUCGCGUGCUCGACUACCUGAGCACCCUCACCCAUGUCCGGGAGAUCUGCGAGCACCAGUUCCCGCACUUCAAAUUCCGCGUUCUUUACGUGUGCGGAGUCAAUACGAUCGUCAAGCUGAGCCACACUGCGCUGAAAGAGGAAGGGUUUGGUGUGAUGGCUAUUUGCCGACCCAACCAAACGGACAUGCUGCACAAGCACCUCGGGGCCAAGUGGAGUAAGACCGCGAUUGUAGUCGAGGAUACAGGUGUGCUCGCGUGCGAACUCGAGCGCGCGACGAGCUUUCGGGUGCGCCAGGCGCUGAUCCAAGGCAACGUGGAUGUCGCGCCCAUGGUGGGGAAGAAUGUGGACGAGUACAUGCACCGCCAUCGCAUUGGCGACAAAGUUGCGGGCCGCGAGCCGUGGACGUCGGGGGAUCGUCUGUGGCGGGCGCAGGAUCUGCCCCACGUCGAAUACAUCGAGUCCGAAUUGAUCCAAUGUCGCCACAACGACGCGGCAAGCUACGCUGACGACUGAACGAUACGCCAUCUCGUUAUCGUGGAAGGGUUACACAGGGGCCGAUGCAAAGAGGAACGGAAAAUCAACCACUGUCCAUCGCUCCAUGCGUCGCUCGAACCGAUGCCUCACAACAUUGCGAUCCAUGGGGUCUGGGCUGCGAGUUUGUCUGUCGCUGCGAGUACACAAGCAAGUACGCUAGUCACAGACGCCCGGAGAAAUGUUAUUCGAAACGAAUGCAUCCCACGAUACGUGACCAUGAUCGGAUGAAGCCUUUCGGUGGAAGAGAUCGCUCGUACCUUGAGCAGACGCCACGUCUUUCCACGUGCAUUUGUGCACGCGGUGGUCGUUAAAGUGAAACCAUCCUGCACCGCCCAGCGCGUUGUUUGCAUAUGCAGUGUAGUGCCCUUGCGUGAGUGUUCGCCCUUCGUGGACGAUGGCGGCGUCCAGGUCGUACACCGUUGACGUUCGAGGAGGAGCGGCCAUGAUCAUCGACAGGUCCAACCCUCGCUAAACAAAGCAAGCGGAGCGAUGACCU